AUGAACCGUUUUCAAUGGUUUUUAAGUGUACUUUUGGUUACGGCCUUAUUUAUGGGUGUACGGGCCGAUAGUGACAGCGAUAGCGACAGUGAUAGUGGCAGCGGUAGUGACAGCAGCGAAAGUGGUAAGGGUCGCAAAUACAAGGGAAAGGCACCACCAGCACCGAUGCCUUACUAUCCCCAUCCUGGAUAUCAUUACAAUCAUCCGGUUUAUGUACCACAAGCUGCUCCACCACCCUAUGGCUAUCCUUAUUAUCAACAACCACCAAUGCCCUAUUAUUAUCAACAGGCUCCACCACCACAACCCAUACCCUAUGGUAAUCCCUAUCCAUAUGGUGGUUAUUAUAAUCAACCUCCACCACCAGCAGCACCCCAACAACCUGGAGUAGUACCACCAAAUGGACCAGCUCCAGGUCAAGCAGGCCCCCCAACUCAAGGACCCCAAGGAUAUCCUGGCAUUCCCGGUGGCACCAGCACCAUUAAUCAUUCGUUGAAGGUUAACAAGGAAUAUAAGGAAGAUGGUCAUCACUAUCGUCCCGAUGGACCAAGGAGUGAAUAA